GCAUUGCAGUAAUUAAAAUGACAAUAAUACAAAAAAAUCAUUCUCAUUACCGUAAUUUUAAUUACUGGAGUGAAAAUCAUUACCGCAAUGCAAAAAUGUCAUUACAAUAAUAAAAACAAAUCAUUCUCAUUACUGUAAUUUUAAUUACUCCAAUGAAAAUCAUUACCGCAAUGCAAAAAAUGUAAUUUCAAUAAUACAAAAAUAUCGUUCUCAUUACCAUAAUGACGUUUUUUGCAUUGUGGUAAUGAUUUUCAUCAAUUACAUUUUUUGCAUUGCGGCACAGAUUUUCAUUGCAGUAAUUAAAAUUACAAUAAUACAUAAAAUAUCAUUCUUAUUACUGUAAUUUUAAUUACUUAAUGAAAAGCAUUACCGCAAUGCAAAAAAUGUCAUUACAGUAAUACAAAAAAUAUCAUUCUCAUUACCAUAAUGACGUUUUUUUGCAUUGCGGUAAUGAUUUUCAUUGCAGUAGUUAAAAUUACGGUAAUAAGAAUGGUGAGAUGAGGAAUACAUGAGGUGGAAAAUGUGCUUAAUUACAAUUAUAUUAAUAAAAAUUAACUUUAGUUUAAUAAGAAUAUUUUUUUGUUCACGUUACAUGGUAAUGAAAAGUUUAGGUUUAGGUUUUUUUUUUUUUUUAUUGCAUUAUUAUAAUAGUUUUUUCUUUUUGGUCUUUCAUUGCCAUAAUGAAAAUAACGGUAAUGAUGUUUGGAAAAAUUUACUAAAUCGUGAUUAAAAAUGUCACAAUAGAAAAAAAAAAAAAAAUCUUAAUGGUCAUCAAAAUUUACUUCCUUUUCUUGGAGCAUAAACAAAUUUCUUAUUUCUUCAAGUUUUGGCCUGAAAUAUGACCUGAACAUGUUCUUGACAGGUUUCCUGAGAUUCGCCCAUAAACGGCAGCUACCGGACCCGUAUACACUCAGCUGCUAGUGGGCUCAGGAGAUCUGAACUUUGUGUCUUGUGUCAGUCGUAGAACCUGUGGUUGUCAGUGCUAGGAGGUGCUGUAGCUGUUGUCUGUGCAGAAAGACAGGUGUCGCAGUAUUUGAUGUACACAUUAUAUAAUAUAUAUGCAAUCGGUGAGGGCUGAGUACGAGGAGUAUAUUUUCAUAGAUGAGCCAUGUUUGUGAAAGCUGCUGAAUUCGCCCACCGCUGUUACACGAGCAUGCAGAUUCAUCAUCUAAUCUGACUUCACAUAAUUGCCAUCCUGUAGAAUGUCGACUUUAGUUUAUUGUGGCUAUGUGCUGUGUGGAAUGACGGUGAUGUCGUGAUGAUUCCCUUUUCUUUCGUCUUUGUUCUGUGGUGUUUUUCAGUGGUGAUCUGUAUGAUUACAUUACUCAGCUGAAAUGGAUACACCAUAAUAUUGGAGGAGCACCGAAAGCUUCUUCCUAUGCCUGGCUGACACGUUACAUAGUUAGAAAGACUUUUUCUACCAUUGAAUGGUGCCAGUAAUGUAGUACUUUUCUAUUGUUUGUUAGUUUCUCUCCCGGUUGUUUUGGGAAUUCUCUUUUGCCAGUGCAAUUCAUCUACUGGGUUUAUUUGAAUCUACACUUAAGAGAUUUGUCAGCACACUAUCCGUUACUAUUGAGUUUGUUGCUGAUAAUUUGUGCCAUGCUUAAUGUAAAUGCUACCAUUUGAACUGAGAAUUUUUUUUUUUGUCAAUUGUAUUUUAUAAUCUCUGGGGUGGUUUGAUUAAUGCUUCAUUGGGUCACUUCAGAAGGGAUGUCUUUAUAGCCAGUUGUAUAGCACUCUCACAUGAUCAGUCUUGUAUGCACUCUCCAUUGUAUGCCUCUUCAGAGGAAAAUGCUUCAAAUGACUCUGUCAGGCAUGAAUAUGCACACGAGUAUGAGAACUUCUCAUGCAGUCUUUUGAUUUAUUAAACACACGUACAGAUACAUGCGCUUCACGAGUGACCUGCUGCACUGUGAGUGGAACAAACCUUCUGUAAGCUACAGAUUUAAUGAUUUUCAACAUAAGACGUUGGUGUGUAACUUGAAUGUAUUGUCUUGCAAGCAAUGGAUGUAUCCAACCAAUGCAUUUUACUGUAAAGCAAUAAUCUAAAAAAAAAAUGAACAAUAUAUGAAUCAUACGAGUAUUGUAUGGAGAAAACAAUUAAAUUAUACAGUUUAUAAAUGUUUAUUGGGUGUCUGUCUUGCAUUUGGUCAUUGAAUGAGAGUUUGGCGCCCCCGUAUGAACAAAACAGGUAGUGUCGUUAGGGCCAUUUUGUGUUUCCUGCUAAAACAGAUUCGCUGUUAACCUUCUGCAGUUGCUUCGUAUCCACAGCUAUGGGCUUUCCAUGUUCCAGGAAACCUGAACACAUUUUGCAGACCAGUAACCUGUGACAAUGUUUCCUGCAGUGCUGUUGAAAUGUGCACGUAUGAAACCGCUUCUCCGCCGUGCUGUCGGACUGCAGUACAGCACCCGAGCAAACAUGAGGCCAGGAUAUCAGCAGGCUAACGUGGUGAUCUUGCACAAGGAUCUUGCUGAUGACUUUGAGGCGUUUUGUCGGGCGAACAGCAGCCCGCUCCCUCUGCUGUACAGGAGCAAAUGUGGAGAAUGGAGCUGCGGGCCCCUCGCCACAGGAUCUGACAUCAGGGAGGACUGUCCAGAGUACUGUGUGUUUGAGAAUGGCAAGCUAAUGAAGAAGACCUCUAGUUUAUCCUCCUACACUCCUCAACUUGCAGACAUGGUCACGUUCUACCUCGGCUGUAGCUUUGGCUUUGAAGCAGCCUUGAAGGCCGCUGGGGUUCCAGUGAGAAAUGUGGAGCAGGGUAAAAAUGUCAGCAUGUACAAGACAUCAGUACCUUGUAUUAACGCAGGUCGGUUUCAUUGUCCGAUGGUGGUGAGCAUGAGGCCUGUACCAGAGGACAAAAUGGACGCUGCGGCUCAAUCCACACACGUCAUCCCACUGGCUCAUGGAGGCCCUGUCCACAUUGGACACCCUAAGCUGCUGGGCAUCCAUGACUUGUCUCGACCAGACUAUGGGGACCCAGUGGACGCGUGUUCUGGUGAUGUGCCUGUGUUCUGGGCCUGUGGGGUCACGGGUGUUGAGGCUGUACAGAGCUGCAAGCCCGCUCUAGCGUUCACACACUCUCCUGGCUGCAUGUUCAUCACCGAUCAAAAGGCAGAAAGUGUUUCACCCCUCACUCUUGAGCCAGCACAAUGCCCUUUGACAUUCUGCAUUUCCCAGAAUCCUCAGCUUUACAGUAUGGCAAGCAAAAGAGCUGUUCAACAGAUUCGAGCAAUUGAGGAGCUUGUUGUUGAAGACCCAGGUGCAAGGGGUAUUCGGGCCCUGUUCUUGCAGGAUGAGCUCCUAAAGGCCUGUCUCUCUCUGUCCCACUCCUCCUCUGUUCUCAUCACUACUGGCUUCCCCACACACUACAUGCACAACCCCCCUGAAGAGACUGAUGGCCCGCCUGGGGCCAUCGCCAUGGCAGCUAUGCUUCAAGCACUCCGCAAAGAGGUGGUCAUCGUGACGGAUAAGCGGGCUUUGGAGAUGAAUCAGCACAUCAUGCAGGAUGCUGUGAAGAAAGGUGUAAUAAAGACUGCAGUGCCAGUAAUAAGUUUCCAGAGUAAUGGCCCUGACUCAGCACUUCACUUCCUGUGCCGUGAUGGAGAUCCCACAAAGCCCAGGUUUGACCACUUGGUGGCAAUAGAGCGCAGUGGCCGGGCUGCAGACGGGAACUACUACAACAUGAGGGGGGUGAACAUCAGACAUUUAGUCGACCCAAUAGACGAUCUCUUCACCACUGCCAGCACUAUUGCGGGAAUCACUACCACAGGGAUCGGAGAUGGUGGUAAUGAGCUUGGUAUGGGUAAAGUCAAAGCAGCAGUUAAAACAUACAUGCCUAAUGGGAAUCUGAUUGCAUGUGACGUGGGUGCUGAUUUUGCCAUCACAGCAGGAGUGUCCAACUGGGGUGGCUAUGCUGUCGCCUGUGCGCUGUAUGUUCUGAGUCUUUGUCCGAUACACUGGCGGUACCUCCAGAGAGGUUUGGGUUUGUCGCCCACACCUGAUCAGCAGAGCCUGUGGUCUGCCUGCCUCCCCACCAUUGCCAAGGAGGAAGAUAUGCUCCACAUUUUGGUGAAAUAUGGCGUCCGCAGUGGUAAAACGGCAAACCUGGGACUGGAGGUGGACGGAUUGACCUUUCACCCAUACCAUUCUGACAUCAUACAGCGUCUUAGACAUCUCACUCUUGCCUAAUGUCAUUGUGGUAGUAGUCUACAUUAUGGACACAUCGCAUAGCCACAGGAACAAGAAACUGAUCUGUGACCCAUGUCUACUAUUCUCACACUUUCUCACAGAUGAAUACAAGAAUGUAAUAGAAAUAGCUGCCAUGGUAACACUUUUGUUGUUUCUUAUAUAAAGACAAUAUGAAAGUGUUUCAUUUUUGUGUUCUCACCUUACAAAACAAUCUGUUGCUUCUCACUGUAAAAAAAAUUCUUGCUGUAGGAAAUAAAUUAUUUAAAAGAA